AUGGAGAACGGCCGAGUCAUUUGCACCGUAGAAACACAUACUGGAGGAGAACCAUUUCGCAUUGUGACCAGUGGGAUUCCUCGCAUGCCAGGAAGGACGAUUGUGGAGCGACGAGCGUGGUUAAAAGAGAAUGCAGACGACCUCCGACGUGCCUUGAUGCUCGAACCUCGUGGCCAUGCCGACAUGUAUGGUGGCUAUUUGACGGAUCCCAUCAGCCCAGGUGCCGACUUUGGUAUUAUCUUUGUGCAUAAUGAAGGAUACAGCGAUCAUUGUGGCCAUGGCACCAUUGCACUCGCCACCGUUGCUGUGCAAUUAGGAUGGAUCCAACAACGAACGAUACCAGAGACGCGGGUAGGCAUUGAUGCUCCUUGUGGAUUUAUCGAAGCUUGGGUGACUUGGGAUGGCAAACGCGCUUCAAGUGUACGAUUUAUCAAUGUGCCAAGCUUUAUUUGGAAACGAGAUGUCACUGUCAAUACACCAACCUUUGGCAACGUCACUGGAGAUAUCGCAUUUGGUGGAGCCUUUUAUUUUUACACGGAUGGAGCACCUCAUGGUAUCAAGAUUCAUCCUCGUCAAUUGGCCUUGAUCGCUCAAUUUGGGACUGAAGUGAAGCAAGCCGCUAAUGCCGCCAUUCAAGUACAACAUCCAGACAUCCCUGAAAUCAAUCAUAUCUAUGGCACCAUUGUAGCAGGUCCUCCCCUUCGUGGUGAUGAUGAAACAUCUACAUCCAUAUUGCAUCAAGCCAAUUGUUGUAUCUUUGCGGAUAGUGAAGUGGAUCGAUCACCUACAGGCUCGGGUACUGCAGGAAGAGUCGCUCAACUUUAUUUACGUGGUCAACUCGCCAAGGAUCAGGUGCUUGUCAAUGAAUCCAUUAUCGGCUCUGUGUUCAAAGGCAAGGUUUUGAAGGAGACAAAGGUGGGCAAUUUCGAUGCGGUGAUUCCUCAAAUAGAAGGAUCGGCUCAUAUUGUGGGCCAUGCCCAAUGGGUCAUUGAUGAAUCAGAUCCCCUUACAUAUGGUUUUCUUGUAAAAUGA